AUGUGUGUAUUUGUGCAACUGGUUGUCGACACCAAUCGAUCCCAUGAUAUGCCGCCCAAAAAGAGGGAUUCAAAGCCAGAGAAGAAAGUUUGCGAUCAAUUGAAUAGCAAUUGUCAUGAAUUGAAUGAUAACUGCAUUGAAUGCAAAGUCAACUACUCUUGUGUUUACGGACAACAACUGGACCUCAAUUGUCGGCCCAUCGAAGGCAUCACUUGUAUCGGUGAGACAAACUUCACGCGAAGACAUUUGUGUGCCUUUUGCUAUCAAUUGCCGCAACACUUAUACAACUGUUGGCCAAACUCUUCGUGUGAUUACAACUCCCGAUUUACGGACGAAACUGGACUGGACGUGAAAUGGAUUGAGUGUUCAAAAUGUUUCAGAUGGUAUCAUAUUAAAUGCCAUCCUGGUGAUUUAACACAACUCGAAGAACUGAGCACAGUUCCAAUUGAUAAUAAUACGUGGAAAUUUAAUUAUUAUAUUCUGUCUUCGGCGGUAAACACAACAGCUUUGCUGUCAAUGCUAUUCAACUGUUUGGUGUUAAUGAGGUCGACAUCAUUGCGAUGCGUGAAGUCGUGUGGGACACAAGUCCUUGCAAUUGAGAUCAUUGUUGUAAGUGUUGAGUAUUUGAGUGGUCAUCGAUUGGUCGCAAUUUCCGAUCCGAAUGCAUUUGCAUUUCCGCCAGCGAUUCAGUUUGGAUGCGUUGGCCAUCAGUGUCUUCGCGCACUCUUCGGCAGUGCCUUUGAGGCUCUGGUCAGGCGUCAGACCCGUAAACAUAUGCAAAGUCAUGCCUCCGAUAUGUUAGGCGGCGAUCCCAGUGCUGGCCGUCACGUAAGUGGUGUCCGGCGCAGACGUGAGAUAAUGAACCGCAACAGAAACGACUUCCCGGUGCCGGCGCUGCCCGUGAAGAACACGUUCCGGCCGUCAACUACGGCACACAUCACUCGCCUCUGUUCGUCAGUCAACCCGAUUUUGUUCAACAGUUUCAUGUGUCGCACCGGCGAUGGUAUGAGUGCUGAGAUGGCCGCGCGUUUGGCGCCCGGACUCCGGUUCUCGUUUCGUUAA